AUGAGUCCGGUAAACAGCCUGUGGUUCAAGUGGAAAAGCCUCCGAUUGCCGUGGCGAAGAUCCUUCCUCGUCGGCACCGACUUAUCCGGAAACACAUACUGGGAAUUCAAAGACUCAUUAAAUGCCUCACGGUACCGACGGAUAGUCAAGUACAACUCCAAAACCCACUAUGCGGAUGUGAAAAUAACCCCCCAAUGGCACCAAUGGCUCCGCCACCUCCGAGCCAAACCCCCUUCGAUCGAAGAACAGCAGCAGGAUAUCAUCCGCCAGAUCCAGAUCAAGCGCCUCGCCCAACUAGCCGAUGAGCGAUGGGCAAGCAAACCCUCCUACCUCGAUAAACCGCAAACCCAGCAGCCGGCCCCCGCGACAAACACAAGCGAUGCGACAAUAAACCCGCCGAAGGAGACAGCACACCAGAAGCAGAACCAAACGACACACAACGCCGUUUCGGGGACGGGGGCGGUAGAGCAAAAGCGCGAUGGUGUUCCGCCAGCCAAGGAAGAUCCUUGGGCGAAAGCGCGGAGUGCGAAUAGUGAGGGCUGGCAGCCUGAGUCCUGGACGCCGUCUUCUUCUUCUCGGAGAUGA